AUGAAAGUCCUCGCAAGCACCACCAACAUCUUCUGGCAACCAUGUAUCCGGAUGGAUUCCAAAAUCCUCCUGAAGCACAAUACAGACCAGGUUUGCAUUUCUGGAAAAUCACGCGCCGCAACUGCGCCAACAAAGAACUGCCAUGCCGUCAAGUUCACCGCCGAAGACAACCUCCCCCGGGGCUCUCCCAAAGACCUCCUUGGUCCUUUCAGUAAAGCCGCCUUUGCCACGUCAUCCGAAAGAGACGAUGGCCACAGAAGAGACAAGUACAGCCGGAGAGCGUAUUCUAAAAACUGCAGAUACUGGCUCUCGAGCCUGGGCAGAUUGCCUGUUCCCCGAACCACAGCCGCAACUCUUGUACGGCUAGUCGGUCCUUCUAUGUGUGAGUCCCCGGGUGUUGAGUAA